GAACCAACAUCGCUGUAAAAUGGAGGUCCCUGUUUCUUUGAGUAGGCGUUCCUUCCAAAAACCCUCGAAUUUCUCUCGUUCGCAGACGUUUCCAGUGAUGUAGUCUACAUAUACUUAGUCUUAAGGGCGAAGACGUUAUUUUUGACCGGUUGAAUACAGCGAGACGACCACGAUUGUUGAAUUUCGAGGUGUAUUUUUGUGGAAGGUGAGGGGAGAGGCAUUUCCAAGAUGGCGUCCCUGAACGUGGAAUAUUUUGAGCGCAAACUGGCUGGGCUACAGAACACGAUGGACAGUAUCCAGACCCUCUCUCUGUGGAUCGUACACCACAAGAGCAGCCACCAACAGAUCGUGCAGCUGUGGAUGAAGCAGCUUCGGAAAUCUAAGCCUCCAGAAAAGCUGAAUCUGAUGUACCUCUGCAAUGAUGUACUACAAAAUGGACGAAGAAAGGGUGCUACGGCGUAUAAUGAGUCAUUCAAGACUGUGCUUGUAGAAGCUGCAUCACUCACCAGGUAAGGAGUAGACAUAUGCCACCAUUACAAAAAUUAAUCU